CCCUGGCGGCAGUCGAAAAGUGGCGGGAGGCGUCAUUGUUGUCAUCGUGGUCAUGGCGCAGGCCUCUCCCAGGCCCUCCUCCUCGUCCUCCUCGUCCUCCUCUUCUCCGCCUCCGGUGAAGGUCUUGGCCUCGCAGCUGAGGCGCUGCUGCCGCCGCCGGGAUCCUGAGAGCGGAUGGCUGCUGGACCGGGCGAAGUUCGGCCGCAGGGCGCUGGCGGUGCCGGUGGUGUGGAUGCAAGGCACGGUGCUGAGCGUGGAAGCGGGGCCCGGCGGAGGCGCGGUGCGGCUGCGCGACGGGAGCGGCUGCUUCGUGGCCGAGGGCACGGGGGGCGUCCCACAGGGCAAACCCUGCCUUCACGCCGGGAAGUACGUGAUGGUGCUGGGCCUGGUGCGCUCCUGCGGGCCCGGGGAGCCCACCCUCCGCGCCCUCAAGCUGACAGACCUCUCCGGGAACCCCCUGAACGAGGCCAUGUGGGAGGCCGAGGUGGAGGAGCUGCACAGGCGCGUCCUCCCCUGAAGUGAAGGUGCGGGG